AUGAGUCGUGUUUUGUGCCGUGCAGUUUUCACUCUGCGAAUAAAAGUGCCGCUCGCCUGCAAUAUGUCUGCGUACCUUAUCGAUGACCCUAAAUAUGCCUUCCUAAAAGACUUGGGUUUGGAGAAGAAAAACAUUGGAGUGUUUAAUGGAAAAUGGGAGGCAAAUGGUCGGGUGAUCCAAUCGAUCAGCCCGGCUAAUGGGAAAGUGAUAGCGGAGGUGCAGGCCGGGAGUCUGUCUGAUUACGAGGGCUGUGCUUCCGCCGCACAAGACGCUUGGCACUCCUGGGCUGAGCUGCCAGCGCCGGCACGGGGCGAAAUCGUCCGACAGAUCGGAGAUGCUUUGAGGGAGAAACUGCAGCCGUUGGGCCAACUGGUCUCGCUCGAAAUGGGAAAAAUUCUUCCCGAGGCCAUCGGCGAAGUGGUGGAGUACGUGCAUGUGUGUGACCUAGCUCUCGGACUGUCGCGAUCGCUGCCCGGCACCGUUUUCCCUUCAGAGAGACCGGGCCACAUCCUUAUAGAGAAGUGGAACCCCCUCGGCGCCAUUGGCAUCAUUACCGCGUUCAAUUUCCCAGUCGCAGUGUUCGGGUGGAAUAGCGCCAUUGCCAUGGUUUGCGGAGACACGAGCGUUUGGAAACCUUCGGAGACGACACCACUGGUUGCUGUCGCGGUCACCAAAAUUGUGGAGGGUGUCCUCAAGAAGAACGACCUGCCCGGCGCGGUGGCGGCUCUGUGCGUGGGCGGAAAGGAAAUCGGCCAGCAGCUGGUUAAAGACCCGCGGAUGAAACUCGUCUCCUUUACGGGCAGCACCGCGGUCGGGCAUCAAGUGGGUGUUGAAGUUCAAACGCGUUUCGGACGCCAUCUACUAGAGUUGGGCGGCAACAACGCGAUAGUUGUGAACGAGGACGCGAAUCUGGAACUUUUGUUAUCUGCCGCACUGUUCGCCUGCGCCGGUACGGCGGGACAAAGAUGCACCACAACCAGGCGAAUGCUCAUCCACAAAAAGGUGUACAGUGAGGUGGUGUCGAAACUGGCUAAAUCAUUCGCUGGCGUGGUCAACAAGAUCGGCGAUCCGUUGCUGUCAGAGACCUUAAUUGGGCCUCUGCACACACCGGCGGCAGUCGAAGCCUACAAGAAGACUGUUGCCGAAGCUGUUAAGCAAGGGGGCAAGAUCGAGUUUGGUGGGAAGGUCAUUGAACGGGAGGGAUAUUUUGUUGAACCAACAAUAAUCACCGGUCUACCCCACGACUCUCCGCUGGUGAAGAGCGAGUGCUUCGCCCCCAUUGUAUACUGUAUAGAAAUUCCCGAUCUGGAAACGGGUAUAAAGUACAACAACGAAGUUGACCAAGGCCUUUCGUCAAGCUUGUUCACAGAAAACUUGGGCAAUGUGUUUAAGUGGAUCGGGCCGCACGGCUCCGACUGCGGAAUAGUGAACGUGAACAUCCCGACGAACGGCGCGGAGGUGGGGGGCGCGUUCGGCGGCGAGAAGGCCACGGGCGGCGGCCGCGAGUGCGGCUCCGACUCGUGGAAGGCGUACAUGCGCCGCUCCACCGUCACCAUCAACUACUCCGGCGCCAUCAAGCUCGCGCAGAACAUCAAGUUCGGGGACGAG